UCUCUUUUACGUCUUCUCUUAAAUUCUCACCAUUUUGUUCCAUGGAAUACGAAAUACAGUGAAUAUCCAGAACAUACCCGAAUUCGAUUCAUCCAUUCUUUGUGAUUCCAUGGAUAACUACUCCUACAACUCAUAUGCGGAAUCCGGUGAAUCGUCUCCUCGGUCACGGGAGGUCGAUUUCGAGAACCCGCCGCCAUCGCCAUGGGAGGACCAGCAAAACGCUUACAAGGCCAAGUUCAUGUGCAGCUAUGGCGGCAAGAUUCACCCCCGGCCUAACGACAAUCAGCUGUCUUACAUCGGCGGCGAUACUAAGAUACUCGCCGUUGACCGUAACAUCAAAUUCUCCGCCAUGAUUAACAAGCUCUCCGCUCUCUAUGGGGACACCGACGUAUCAUUUAAGUAUCAGCUUCCAGGGGAGGAUCUUGAUGCCUUGAUUUCGGUAACCAGUGAUGAUGAUCUCGAGCAUAUGAUGCAUGAAUACGAUCGUCUUUUCCGCGCCUUGGCUAAGCCCGCAAGGAUGCGCUUGUUCUUGUUCACGGCUAACCCUUCUCACUCCAGUUUUGGGUCCGAUUUAUCUAAUUCGGACCGGGAAAGGUUCGUUGAAGCGUUGAAUUCGGGUCCCACGCAACCUACGGAGAAGACUGCUUCACCGCACAACGUUGCUGAUUUCUUGUUCGGGUUAGAGAAGGGGGUCCCUGUAGUGCCUCCUCCGGGAGUUAAAAUUCACGAUCCGGUGCCCGAACCCGUGGUUCCGCCACCGGAAAUGCAUGUUGUGGAUGAUAGAGUCAUGGGGCCCGAUCGCGCAAUCCGGCCGGAUCCGGGUGUGGAGAUACAGAGGCAGUUGCAUGAGUUGCAGAGGUUGCAAUUAAGAGAGCAAGAGCAAGCUAUGUAUGGGAGGAAAAUCGAGGAUAAUAAUUUCGGGAACGAAUACUACGUCCAGAAGAUGCCGGAGAAGGCUCCGGCACCGAAUAUGCCAGUAACAGCUCCGCCUCCGGGCACAGCCCCGCCGGGAUAUUGGUCGGAGAAGCAUAUCGGAGGUUAUUCUGCACCGGUGACUACACCUGCACAACCGGAGCAGCCUGUGUACAUGAUUUCAGCUCCAGGCCCUGUCUACACCUCUCCAGUUAUGGGACCGGCGACCACCCAAACCAGUCACGGGUACUACGCGAUGCAGCGUGUGAACCCCGAGGUCUCUCGGGAGCAACAGAUGUACAAUGUGCACCUGCAGCAGCCGCAGCAUCAGCCUCAGCCUCAUUUGCCGCAACCUAAUAUUCAAGCUCAACCGCUGAUGGGAGUGAUGCGGCCACCAAGUGGAGGCGGGAUGGGAGUGACAGAUACGGGGUACGCACCAGUGGCAGUGUACGAUAGCAAUGGUGGGAGACAAGUAUAUUAUGCUGCGCCGGGAGGUGUGAUGACGCAUCCUCCUCCGUAUCACGGUGGUGUUGGUGCGACUGAUAUGAGACACCCUGUCCCUGUUGGGUUGGGCCAGGAGGGUAAGGUUGUCACCAAGGUCUCACAAGCUUAGUUUUAAAAUAUUUAUGCAUAAUAAUUACUGUUCGAUAUCUAUAUAUGUAUAUCAUCAUAUAUGCAGCAUACUCAUAGUGGAUGGAUGUUAAAAACGUUGUUUGGUGUUGGGUGAAUCUGUGUUAGUUCAAUUUGGUCGUGUAUACAUAUGAUAAUUAGUGUAUAUUUGAUGAAUAAUGAAUUUAUUUAACUAAUUAACCA